GGAGGAUCCGCGCGCACUGCCCUUUAAGAUGCGUCUGUCAUCUCGCCGUUAAUGGAAAGCCUUUCUGGCUGUUUUCUGCGGUGCAUGAGAUCUGUUCCAGCUGGCCCGGGGAAGGAGAACACUACUGUGGUGCAUUUUUUGUCGGCCGACAUACCCAGAAAGGAAGGGGAGAGGAUAGGCCACGCCGAGGGAGACGGAAAUGAGAGGGGGGUGUCCAAAGAGGAAACCCUAUCCCUUUAAGAGCAAGUGGGACAUAGCGGUGCGAGAAAAGGAGAGGAGGGGGAGAAGAAAGAGGAAUUAAAAAAGAAAAGGAAGAAAGAGACAGGGAGGGAGGAGGGAGAGCGGGCGAUAAAAAAAGAAAGAUGACAUCCUCGCAGCUGAACGGCCGAGGUGGAGCGAUAGGCUGCGGCCCGGCGAGAGCGCCGCUCGCCGGGGUCAGGGCUUGAAACCAACAGCGAGGCUUCGACAAACACCCGAUUGGCCUAUUGAGAGAAAUCGGAAAAAUAGAUUCAUGAAUUAAAAACAAAGCAUGACCUGCUGUGCUACCAGAUACGUGUGUUAUAACCCAUAUUUGUUCUCUUGCGUAAAAAGGCAUUUAUUUCAGGUAGAAUGGUUUAUGUUUAAUGCGAAAGUGUGAUACUGUAAUAUACGAUUUUUGUUCUGUUUUUUGAAAGCAGUUUUGUUGCGCGGUAUUGCGUUUGAGUAAGAUUAGUGUUGAGUGAAUUAAAGUUAGAAACCAAAGUGAAAAGAGAAACAGGCCGAUAUUGGAUCUGGCCUGUUACACUACUGCCUACUGCAGCCCGCGUUAGUCAACAGCUGCGUGCAUUUUAAUUGACAGCAUUAGGCUACCUCAAUGAGAAAAACAUAUUUUUGCAGACGACUUUAUUCACGUUUCUGAAGAAAAUCCAGAAGCCCGUCGUUUUUGCUGCAGAACAGGCGACUGUUUGCGCCUUAAUCACCGGUGGGCCGAUCAAAACCAUGCAAAGGCUGCUCUCCUCGACCUCAAUCAGGAGCUGACUUUAUAAUCUCCAUCGCUGUGCUGCAAAAUGGAUGCUGCUUGGAGCAAUUUUCUCUUCCAGAAUACUCCCACCCAAAACCAAGUGGAGGGGAGCCUCCAAUCAGAGCUCAUGUCAGUGCAUACGAGUUCUCCCCAAACCCCACCCACAGAGCACAUAGCACAGCCUCCUUCAACUGUGGACACUGCUGCUCUUAGUGAGGAACCCCUGCCUGGUGAGGGACACUGCACUGCAUCCUACACCUGUGGAGCUGACAACAUGAAGUCUGUGUCUCGGCCGGCCCGCACGCCCCACAUCUGUGCCAUCUGCAACAAGCAGUUCAAGAACAACUACAACCUGCGGCGGCACCAGUCGGUCCACACUGGGGUACGCAUGAAGGACAGGGCCAGAGAGCAGGCGGAGGGGGCAAAGGAGGGAGCAGCCGGCCAGGUGGCAAUGGCUGCCCCGUCGGCGAUGGCGGUGGGGGCUGGAGGGAGGGUGGAGAGGCCCACUGUUCCCCUCUCCCUGCUACACCUCUCUGCACCUCCCCCUCUCGCCCCUCCCGGCGUGUUGGCGGGGGGCCAGCAGCCUCCCCUGGGUAGUCAGGAUGGUGAAGGGGUUGCCAUGGCUAACGUAAUGGCUAGUGUUAACCCCCAUGCUCCGCCUCCUGCUGCUGUCGUCAUGGCCACAGGGGCGACAGUACAGAGACCUGCAAAUCCCAACCCAAACCCGGUGAGGAAGAACCACGCCUGCGAGACAUGUGGGAAGGCUUUCCGCGACGUUUACCACCUCAACCGCCACCGCCUGUCCCACUCAGACGAGAAGCCGUUCUCCUGUCCCAUCUGCCAGCAGCGCUUCAAGAGGAAGGACCGCAUGAGUCACCACGUGCGCUCCCACCAAGGUGGUGUGGAAAAACCCUAUGUCUGCCCCCACUGUGGCAAGGCUUUCUCCAGGCCUGACCAUCUAAACAGUCAUGUCAGACAGGUGCACUCCUCGGAGCGACCCUUCAAAUGCCCGACCUGUGAGUCCAGCUUUGCCACAAAGGAUCGUUUGCGUGCACAUAUGAUUCGCCAUGAAGAGAAGGUCCCCUGCCACAUCUGUGGCAAGCUCCUGUCUGCGGCUUACAUCACAGAUCACAUGAGGGUGCACAACCAGUCACAGCACCACGCUUGCCAUCUCUGUAACCGCAGCUCUCCUCCAUCAGGCUUCACCACCCUGACAUACCUUCGUGUCCAUGCCCAAAAGCACCAUGGCCAGGAGUGGAAGGACAGUCCAGGCGGCUUCGGCGGCACAUCCUCUGGUGGCAUACUCGUCUGCCACUUGUGCGGAGUCCACUGCAAGACACCCACCCAGCUCCAGGGGCACAUGGGCACCCAUGGCAACAGCCAGGGUGCCCCAAGCCCCAUCACCUCUAAUGUGGCUGCCAGCAGCUCUGUCUCCCUUAGCAACAUGGUGACAUCGCCUACUGUGUAUGUCACUGGUAACACAGUGGUUGACCUGCUCGUCACAGACUGCUCUAGCAUCGCAGCACCACAGUCACACAGUUAGCAGUAGAGAGCUCUGCAAUAAUAACUUCACUCCCUUAACGGGGCAAGGUUGGAGAAGGUUAAAGUUAAGUGUAGAUGAUGAUGAUCUGGUUUCAGUUUUGUAAUGUCCCCACUUAUAGGUAAGGUUAGGAUUAAAAGGUGGAGGAGAUUAACUCCAGUUAGCAUUCAAGGGCAGUUUCACCUCAGAGCUGCAAAGCUGGAGCAUCGGAGAAAAGGAAGCUGUAUUAAUCGAGCAAUGACGUCAUGGAAGGAGGGACCUUUGUGGCUGCAGCAGGUUCAUUGACACUUACGACAAACAUGGAUGUGUUGUCCAAAUAUUCCUGAAUGCACUCAUGCAUUUAAGACUCCAAUGAAACUGUGGUAUUGUGAGCAUCUACUGUAUUACUCUCCCCUCUCUGCCCUCUCUCUCUGUCCCUCCCUUCAACCCUGGCAUUGGCUGCUUUCUGCAAGUGCACCAAGUACUGUAUAUCUCACACCAGCUCUGAUCUUACCUCCACUUUGCAGCUCACUUACUAAGAAUCCAAAUGGCUUGCGUUAAGAAGUAGUAGGGAGAGAAUAGCUCUCAGAAAACGUUAACGAAUAAACACAUUAGAAGGGAAGUUGUGUGUGUUUGGGUGUGUAAGUCAGGGCUCAGCUAGCAUGUUUGCUUGUUUGUUCACAAAACAAAAAUCAACAUUUUAUUUUGCAAAGGUGUCAUGCCAGUUUAUGAAGUUUCUAGAGGGCUGUUUAUUGAUCAGGACCGACGGCCAUACGUGUUGUGGUCAGUCUGGAAUUGUGGGAUGUACUUGUUCAUUUGUUUCCUAAAGGUACAGAGAUAAGAAUGGAGUUGCGUUCAGGAGUGUCAAGCACCUUAAAUCGUUAUUGUUUGAUUCAGCGAGGAUCAAAGUGGGUUUGAGAUUUCUUGGAUUUUCUUGCUCUGAGUCUUCCUCUCUGGGUCUGGCCGUAAAAAAGAAAAGAAAAAAAGAAACCUAACUGUUAAUCAACACUUCAGCUUCUGACAUGGCAAUUCUUGCACCAGAAAACUACCUUUUUGCAUGAAAAUAAGCGAGCUCAGUCAUGCUUAUUGUUAGGGAGCUGUCAUGACAAAUGAAACUUUUAGCAGUUCCACCAAGUUAGUUGGCUGUAAACAAUAAUAUUUGUGAGUGUUGAUUUUAUUCAGAACAUUUUUAACAUUGUUGGCCAUUAAUUUGAUUGUAUGUGUCAUUGCCAUAGUCCUUUUGUUUUUCUCUAUGUACCAGUCCAAUGAGUGAAACUUAUGCAUUAGAUUUAGUCAUUUAACUCUGUAUAGCACAUUAAUGCUCUGAAAGCAAGUCAUUAUCGUUCUACAUUAUUCACAUGAAGAAUGGUCACUUGUACGUUGGAUAUCUUUGGUUGCUUUGAGUUAUUAUGUGAGUGAUGUGGUGUCGAGAAAGGGCUUAUAAAGUCAUAAGUACAAUGGAAGUUUGACAACACCACUUCGUAUGCUGUAAACAAAUCCUGGUUUUGUACUGGAGUGCUUUUUUGGUUUUGUGUCAAUAUGUUACCUUGCAAUUUGUAGAGUUGUUCCUUUCUUCCUUUUCUUUUUUUUCUUUGGAAAUGUGUUCUUCCUGUUGAGAAAAGUAUUGAUUUAUUAAAAAAAUAAUUUUAGGGUUUUCUCCAUCACACUAAGAAAAAAAAUAAUACCUCUACUCUAGGAUUCUGUACAGCUCUUUUGAUACAUCUUAAUGCCUUAUCGUACUCAACUGCAUUUUAAUUCUUUGAUGAUAAAAUAUUUCAAAUCUUAGUCAUGGAUUCAUUAAGAAUAUUAAUGGGAUGUAUUUAUAUUUUUAUAUUUCUCAACAGUAUGCAUGUCUAAAAGGUUAGAGCAAAAAAAUUAUGAUGCUUAAUACAGUCAUAAAUAUUAUGUUAUUUUGUAGAUCAAGUAGAGAUCAUGUUAUUAUUUUGUAAUUUGGACAAUUUAAAGUAAAAAGAGUAAACGGG